AUGCGAUCAGCAAUCCUCACCAUCUUGACCCUUGUGAUCACCGCUCUCGCCCAAGGAGGAGACUGGUCAGACUGGCACAAGAACAAAACCCAUGAUGUCGACGACAACUACGGACAGCGAUAUCACAGUCACGCUCAGGAUAAAGAACAAGACCGCCACCGCGACAAAGGCAUGAGCAAAGGCUGCCUGAAAAGCACCGAUGCCGAUUACCUCGUCAAGGGUUACACAUACCUGCUCCAAUACCCCGGCGGGCCAGACUUCAACAAGACUGCCAAUAGAGUCCUCUCCGACCAGUUCGUCGUUUGGAGCGACUCAAUUAACACCUUGGGAAAUCGCGCUCUCGGAACACCCGUGUACCCCUCCCUGCAGGCCUUUAUCGCCUCCCAGGCAGCGACGCCCGCGCUUCCCACCGUCCAGACCCUCUCAACAUCUCACACCUGCGACCAGAUCUUCUGGCGUUGGAACGCCAGCGGGAUAGGAAACAAGCAGAUGCGCGUCCAGGGCAUAAUCAGCUUCGACGUGGAUGUCGACCGUGACAGUGUCAAGAUCGAUACCGUCUACUCCGAGUUCAACAUCGCGGCGUUCUGGACCGAUCAGGGGAACAAGGAGUGUCAGGGGAAGUAG